AUGGGAGCGUUCUUGCCGAAACCGUUGACCUACAUCAAAUCGGAAGAGGGAUCGAAAAAUGGACUCACUUGGAGCAUGGGCGCUAUGCAGGGCUGGAGAGUCGACAUGGAAGAUGCACACAUUACCACGAUCGGUUUGUCAGAAAAGCUGCAAGAUGUGUCGAUGUUCGCAGUGUUCGACGGGCACGCCGGAAAGUACGUCGCCGAGGAAACAGCAAAGAGCUUUGUGGAAGAACUGAUCACUAGAAAACCAUUUUGCGACAUGAGCGGCGACAAAUAUGACAUCGAAGAAGUAAAGCAAGGUCUUUCUGAGGCGUUCCGACACUGGGACACGGUUCUGAGGCAGAAGACGAAAGACAGAGGCGACCGGAGCGGAUGUACAGCAACAGGCGUGCUUAUAACGCCGAAGCACUUUUUCUUCUUCAAUAUCGGCGAUUCGCGAACGCUACUUAUUCGCAACAGAGAAGUCGCCUUUGCCUCACAUGACCACAAGCCAACGAACGAAGACGAAAAGAGGCGAAUAGAAAACGCGGGCGGAAGAGUGAUGAUACAAAGAAUCAACGGUUCUCUCGCUGUUUCCAGAGCGCUUGGCGACUUCGACUACAAGACAAAAACUGAGCUGGCAGACAACGAGCAGCUGGUGUCGCCGGAACCAGACGUGACAGUGGUUGACCGAGACGCAGCAAACGACAACUACAUCGUCGUCGCAUGCGAUGGCAUUUACGAUGUUUUGGAAAAUGAACAGAUCGAGGAGUUCUGCUCAAAGAGAUAUACUUCAGCCAGCGGUUCAGAAAAAGGGCAAUAA